AUGGACGGAAAUAUGGAUUACUCCUCUGAGGGGGCGCGUUUCAACCGCCCCAACGAUAAGGAGCUCGUCUGUUAUCGAGCCGGGCCCACGUGGAAUGAAGGGAGGUGGGCCGCCCACCCGCAGCUGCCCCUGUCGGUGGGCAGGGUAACACCUGCGCCGCGGCACGUGAAUGCCAUAUACACCACUGUGGUGCGGAGACACAGCGACCAACUGCAGCCCAAGUCGCCCAACGUAAGUGGAUCCAAACAGGGAAAAGCAAUGGCCAUGAAUUCAUCUCGCUUUGAAAACGCUUCAUCCCAUGCGAGGUCAAAUAACGGCCUCUAUCCGUAUCCUCCCAGUAUCAACAAACUGCCGAUGGGUAUGGCCGCACCACAUUGGAGUCCGGUAGCCUCUAGGAUAAUUGGGUGGAAUUAUGGGAAUGUGUCGGACAUCCAUGUGUUCCCGCGAGACAAUGAGAGAAACGGCGUUCGCAUGAUAGAAGCUGGGCCAGGUGCCAUUAAUAACAACCAGAAGAGGGCAAUUCCAGCGGUGUCUUCGGUUACUGGAUUGCCGGUUGUAGCACGAGGACCUCAACCCUCUUUGGUGGAGCCUACACGAUUUAAAGAAAAUAAUUACAUGCGACUAAGAUGCUGCAGACGUCCAAAAAUGCGCCAUUUGGGAAAUGAAACAUGGUUUCAGGGCACUGUGCAUACGAAACGUGUAAUUUCUCCUCCACCUUCUCCAAAACGAGGUUCAUGCGAGACGUCCCGUAAGCAGGGGGAGAUUAUAAAGAAAAAAGAAAGUAAUCCUUCUGCCAAAACGUCAAAGUUUCUGAAUGCCUUUAUGAACCUUUUCAAGUAA